AUAAAAAUCCCUUCCCCAAACCCCCUCAACGGCUUCAGACCCCAAAAAAACUCCCUCAACGGCCAACCCAACAACCCCCAUAAUCUACCAAAAUGACGAUUGUCUCAUCGGACCGGAAGUACCGGCGCAGCUCCAAGACUCCGCUCCUGCCCCAAAAGCACGACGACCAUGACUCCGCCGAGGUCGGUUUCAACGGCGCGUCGUUUUCCGGAGCCGUCUUCAACAUGUCGACGACAAUCGUUGGAGCCGGGAUCAUGGCUCUGCCGGCGGCGGUUAAGCAGUUGGGCCUGAUUCCGGGCCUAAUUAUGAUCGUUUUGGGGGCUAUGUUGACCGAGUCGUCCAUCGACAUGAUCAUGCGGUUCACGCGAGCUUCCAAGACAGCCUCGUAUUCGGGUCUGGUCGGCGACGCUUUCGGUGGGCCCGGACGGACCCUCCUCCAGCUCUGCGUCGUCGUCAACAACUUGGGCAUGCUCGUCGUCUACAUGAUCAUCAUCGGGGAUGUGCUGUCAGGGACUUGGUCGGAAGGAGUACGCCAUUCGGGUGUAAUGGAGGAAUGGUUUGGUCAACGUUGGUGGACCGCACGGUUCUCGCUGCUUCUUCUCACCACGCUCCUUGUUUUGGCUCCUCUUAUUUCUUUCAAGCGCGUGGAUUCAUUGAGAUACACAUCAGCAUUGUCCGUUGCUUUGGCUGUUGUUUUCGUGGCAAUGACAGCAGGAGUAGCGAUCUUUAAGUUGAUGGAUGGAAGCGUUGCAUUUCCACGUUUGAUGCCCAAACUCGUUGACCAGGCAUCAUUUUGGAAGCUUUUCACUACCAUUCCCAUUCUAGUCACUGCCUAUAUCUGCCACCACAACAUUCACCCAAUAGAGAAUGAACUGAUAGACCCUACCCAGAUGAAGUCAAUAGUGCGGACCUCCCUUACAUUUUGCUCAACUGUUUACAUUGCAACCAGCUUCUUUAGUUUCCUUCUCUUUGGGGAUCACACGCUGGAUGAUGUGCUGGCAAAUUUCGAUGCUGAUCUUGGAGUUCCAUAUAGCUCAUUUCUUGAUGAUAUUGUUAGGGUUAGCUAUGGCGUCCACCUGAUGCUUGUUUUCCCCAUUGUAUUUUUCUCCCUUCGCCUCAAUUUAGAUGGUCUUCUCUUCCCCUUUGCCAUUCCUAUUGCAUUUGACAAUCGAAGAUUCUACACAGUAACUGCAGCUCUCAUGGGUUUUAUUUUUCUUGGAGCCAAUUUUGUGCCUAGCAUUUGGGAUGCCUUUCAGUUCACAGGUGCUACAGCUGCCAUCUCUGUUGGUUUCAUAUUUCCCGCUGCCGUUGCGCUUAGGGACACUCAUGGAAUUGCAACAAAGAAGGACAAACUAGUGUCAUGGGUGAUGAUCUUUUUAGCAGUCUCCUCAAGCACAGCGGCCAUCUCCAGUGACAUUUACAGCAUUGUCAGUCGUGAUAAACUCGCUGGAAGCUGACAUACGAGAACAGCAAAAUUUUAAAUUCGUUUCAUUUAGAAUUAGAUUAGAUUCCUUCUUCUUUUGUCCAUACUUUUUUAAUACACACUUUUCUUUAACCUUUUUUUUUUAAUAAUAAAAGCCUACUAAUCAUUGAUCAUUAAGAAAAUAAAGCGAUUGCUUAAUCAUGUUGUUAUGUGGAAAGAUUAAUCAGUGGAUAAAAUUACAAUUAGC